AUGAGGGGGUGGUUUGACAAGAUAAAUGAAGCGUCGUCUGCUGUCAGAGUCUCAGUCAUUGUCAUGCCUACCUCACUGUCCUGGCUACUGCUGCCGGCUGCUGUCUCCCUGGCUAUGGCUCAGGACGGCUACAAUCUGUAUAAAGACAUUCAACGAGGUAAAGUGGAUGAACUGGAGCGGUUUAUUACUGAUGAAAACUACCAGAUAGACCACACAGCAUUGACAUGGCCUUCAGCUGGUGCCCGUCUUCAGAACCCAAACAGCGCAAAAAGGACGAUGAACAAAUUCAAAAAUUUUAAGCUACAAAAACCAGUUGGAGACGAAGACUCAGAGGAAGAGGAGUCCACUUUUGGUGGCUCUGAAGAAGGUGAAGACGACCAAUCCAGCUCAAGAAUAUUGAUUCCGAGAACUCAUGGGAUGCUAAGAGGAAACCCAUUUGAGCAAAAAAGAGGCUUCUUGUGGAAGGGACAGAUGGCUUCAUCAGCAGAUUCAGCAAAAGAAGUUCUUAACAGGGAUAUUUUUUUAGUGAGAGCAGGCAAGUACCUCUCAAUCGCUGCAGCUAAACCAUUCCUAUUGUCAUUAGAAAAAUGCAAAAUAUUAAGAAGUGACUUCAGAGAAUACUACCAAUGUGGAUAAAAAAUAAAUUGUUGCCAAAACUGUGCUUCUUCUUUUGAAAAUGAGUGUAGAUAAAUAUAAAAAAAAACAUUUGCCAACACACUUUCUGGUCAAUACAAUAGAACCUCCCAUAUCUAACUUAGACAUUAUUGACUUCAUCUUUCUGUUUCAAACCUACACCCGCGUUUCUACUUGCAUUUGCUGGGCAAGUCUCUGAAUAGAGAAACCUUUGUUACGACAUUUUUUUAAAUUCAUUUUAGGGGUUUUACAACCAAAUUUGACCAUUCUCUCGCUUUAAAUUUGUUUAUCGAUCAUCUGGUUCUUGUUUUUUGGCCCCGCUUUUAUUUUUUGUACGUUUCUUUCUUAUCUUUGACUAUAACAUAUCUUCGUUGCAGUCACACACUCAACAGAUAUGAGGGGUUCAACUAAUAAUGAAUAUCUUUCCUGAGGAAAAAUAAUAAUUUAUAAUAUAUUAAAAAAUUACAUGUCAAAUAGUUCUUAGGUAUUUAAAAAUAAACUAUUUAUUCAUGUUUCUGACUAAGAUAGUGUAUACAAGAAAAUGUAUAUUUAUAUUAAUAACCUAUAUUAUAGCUCAACAAUUUCUGUAUGAAAGAGUUUCUAACUUAUUCUGUUUAAUCACUUUAAAUUAGUUUAAUAGUUAGUACAAAGUAAAUAAAAUAAAUGGAAAUAAAACUCCAGGGGUACAUGUUGUAUGGUUAGAUUUUACUAGUAUCAGCCAACAAUUCCAAGACCCCAUACACUUGUUUUACAGUCCAAGGCUCUCUAAACUAAGCUAUUUAUUGAAUGUAAUAAAUUUUAAAUUACAGAAUAAAUUUACGGAUUGUU